UCACUGGUCACAUCUUUCUUCCUUCCACAGUUCCGUGAGAGGUGCCAAGCAGUGCCGAAUGUUGCGGAGUCUCCUGCUCACCGUGGCCGCCGCCAGUGUGACGAAGCUCAAGUUUGGCCAGGAUGUGAACUACCCGCCCUAUGCUUACCUCGACGCCUCUGGUGAGCUCGCAGGUUUUGGCGUGGAUGUGGUCAAAGGCAUGAACGCCCUCUGCUCUACGCUGGAGAUCGAGGUGGUGCAAACCUCAUGGUCCGAUUGCUGGUCCUCUGACGAGGGCGGCAGUCUGGGGGCGCUGCUGGAGAAUGGCACUCUGGACGCAUGCAUGACCUUCACGCACACGCAGGGCAUCCGCAACCACUACGUGGACUUUUCCCACGCCAUUUUGAACUUCAACAAGGCUGCGGGGCUUUUGACACUUUUGGAGGAGGGUAGGCCUAGGGUGGACGGUAAUAGUCACCUGGCUGGGCUGAACAUCGUGGAUGUGGGCGGCUGGGCACCCACAGAGGAUUGCCUGGGCAUGGUGAGGAACAAGUGCACAGGUGAGAAGUAUUCAGAGAACUACACGCUUCUGGUCGGCGAUGGCAACGACGACGCCAUGCGCAUGCUCCGCGAUGGACGCGCGGAUGCCAUGUUCAUCUACUCCGACCAGGCGAAGCUGUACCAGUGCACUGGGGCGGUUCCACCCAACUGGAACUGCUCCCUUUGGGAGAAUUUCGGCACCGAUUAUGCCUAUGUCCAAACCGGACAGUUGGAGUACGUGGUGAACGGAACCUCCUUGGCUAUGGCCAAGAAAGGCUCUAAGGUGCCUGCGCAAGUGAAUUCGUGCCUUGGCCGUUUCAUGGAAACCCAAGCGUACUACGAUGUUUGUGAGAAGCACCACUUGUUGGACUCUUGCUAUCGCAACAGCUUUUUCCCGGCUGGUGAGGGGUCCUCCCACCACGCGUACAAGGCGACCAACCUGCUUGAGGGCGAUUGCUCCAGUGGCUACUGCCCCUGCCCUGCUCCAGAGCGCUGGCCUGGAUGGGUUGACGAUUCGGGCGGUUCCGGUGUAGAGAAGAUGCCGCAGGCGUCACCAGAGGCUUUGCCGCUGGUUCCAAGCUUCCUUUUUGGUGUCGCACUCAUAGCGAACCUUUUGCGAGGGCGUCAGUGCCGAAGCAAAGGCGCGGCUGUGAAAAGCACAGCGUUUGCAUGGCAAUACCCAUUCUUUGCUGAGACCACAGCAAAUGGAAUUCGCGAACCCCUAAUUUGGCUAUUUUAAAGGGCGUUCAAGUCCUUACGUCACAGGGACAGCAUUUACGUUGUGCCUGAACCGAGCAUUUUUUGCAAGGCUCCGGCCUGAACCGUCGUUAGCCUUUAUGCAACGCUAUUGAGCAGCAUAGCUCGGACCGUUUUGCUAAUUGGAUAUGCAGCGGUGCCGGGUUGCUUUCUUUGUGAGGGAUGAAGCAAUCCGCAUCAUUCGGGUCGCUUCCUGUGAUUUGUUUCCAUAUCACAGCACAGCGAAGUCCUCGACCCGGGCUGGUUGACCGAUGUACAUACCUUGUAAAUAGCUCAAUACCCCGAUCAGGGCCAUUGGCGGCUGACUUUGAUUCGAAGCCCGUGCAAGUCCGAGCCGCCAGUGAGCCAAGGACCACAGCGGUUGGGUCAUGCUCCUCGAUGGGACGACCGUCUUGAAUAGGAGAGCAUGGAGCCGCCAGCUUGCAGC